AUGCGGUCUCCAGCAGAGAAGGUAACACCAGAAGACAGCCUUGCCAUGCCCACAGCAUCAGUGGCCCUCAUCCAAUCAGCGCUGCCCACGGGGCAGCGCUGCCCACGAGAUGCUCAGGAGAGAUCUCUGUGUUCCACGGGCAUCCGGCAAGGUGCCGGGCCCCGCGGGAGCCAAUCCCUAUGCGCCAUCUCCGGAGGUCGAGUGCGCCCAGGGCGCGCCGGCCAGGCGGGAGGCCCCAUCGAUCGCGGGGUCCGCAGGUUCCCUUCGGCCAGCGCGCGCCUCCCGCCCCCCGGCGCACCUGUACCCACCUGCUCGGUGCUCAGGCCCGAGCCGGGCAGCAGCAGCAGCAGCGGGCGUAGCGAGCGCAGCCCCGCACCGCAUCCUCCGGCCGCCCCCUCCCCGCCCUGA